AAGCAGCUCUGAGUCUCAGAGCGCACUGACAGCAUGGCAGGAGACAGCGACAGCAAGUUGGACAACCAAGCCGAAAAUGAGCAUGUUGUCAGGCAACCUUUCCUCAUCGGGGUAGCCGGCGGCACUGCCAGCGGCAAGUCAUCAGUUUGUGGGAAGAUUAUGGAGCUCCUUGGCCAGAAUAAGAUCGACCAUCAUCAGAGGCAGGUGGCCAUCCUCAGUCAGGACAGUUUCUACAGAGUACUGACCUCCGAACAAAAGGCCAAGGCUCUAAAAGGACAAUUUAACUUUGACCACCCAGAUGCGUUUGAUAAUGAGUUGAUAGUCAAAACCCUGUGUGAUCUCAUGGAGGGAAGAACGGUCCAAAUUCCAGUCUACGACUUUGUUACCCAUUCAAGGAAAGAAGAGACGGUUGCUGUUUAUCCAGCAGACGUGGUUUUAUUUGAAGGCAUUCUUAUGUUUUAUUCGCAAGAAAUCCGAGAUCUGUUUCAGAUGAAACUGUUUGUGGAUACGGAUGCAGAUACACGCCUGUCACGCAGAGUCCUGAGAGACAUCAGUGAGAGAGGCCGUGACCUAGAGCAAGUGCUAAGCCAAUACAUAACUUUUGUUAAGCCUGCCUUCGAGGAGUUCUGUCUGCCAACAAAAAAGUAUGCUGAUGUCAUCAUUCCAAGGGGAGCUGAUAAUAUGGUUGCCAUAAAUUUGAUAGUGCAGCACAUUCAGGAUAUUCUGAAUGGUGGCUUGAACAAACGCUUGAAUGGAUACCUCAACGGCCACAACACUCCGCGUAAACGGCAUCCCUCAGAGUCCAGCAGCAGGCCACAUUGACCAGCUCUAUACCGGGACUUCAGGGAAUGCAGGAGAGAAUGAAUGUUUGAAGGAUGGAUGCUAGAGGAAAGAAAGGAUUGGAGUGCAUUUUGUUAAUUAGCCAACAUUAUAUAAGACAAAAAGAAUCACAAAAAUUUCAAGAAUUUCAAAGACUGCCUUUUAUUUCAUUCUAUUUCCUCCUUUGUUUUUUUUUGUUUUUUUGUUUUAUGGACUGGCUACACUUGAUGUUUUAGGAGUUACAAAGAUAAACUUCUAGUUCUGUGAUUUGUUAAAGGUCAAAAUGGAUAUUUCCUCACUAUUUAUUUUAGCAUUUUAUUUUGAGAUUAGGUUUAUUGAAUAAAAGGGGGGAUGCAAAUAAUUAAAUAUUUCAUGACUCCAUGGUAAUAUAAGAAUUGAACAUAAUUUUUUAAAAAUUAUUAAUAUUUUCUUUGUUCAGAAAGGACUACAUUUGUAAAUGUAUUUAAAGAACCUUUUAUGUUUUUGCAUCCCUGGACAACCCUUUUGAGGCCAAAAACAAUCAAUGUUUUAAAAUUCCUUUUUUGUUAUUGGUUGUCAGUAAUGGAAUAAGUUUUUAGUAUUCUGCCAUUUUUGAUAUGAUGUCCCUAAGAUCAGUGUUUCUUGCUGAAGGAUAAACAUUUAUUCCUCCAUUGCACUUGGAACAAUUCAGGCAGUGUUGCUUGGUCACAACAGGCCUCUCAGGGUGUAGUUACUACAAAUGAAAACAUAAACUCAGUUUUAUCCUAAAAGGAAAGAGAAAGAACUGUAUUCUACAUUUAAUAUAGAAAAAAUCAGAGCCCACAACUCUAAAAUAAAGGGCUGUAAUCAGGCUAAAACUAAGCGAGAUUAAAUUUGCUUAUGUUAUAUCCAUGUAUAUUGUACAUUUAUCACAGUUGGUUCUGAACUGCAAUUGAAGCCCCUUUGAGUGUUACAUACAGUGGCCACACAGACUCCUGGCAAAACCAAGUCCGAUCUAAUAGCGAUCUAUUUGUCAAGAGAUUUGUUAUAUACUAUGCACUGUAUCCUUGACUCUAAUACUGCAGUUUGAUUCUCUUUCAUUAGACAAAUGGAGAUGCUUACUUGAAUUGAAUUCUCUGUCUCUUCAUCCUUUGCGAUGCUUUUUCUCUUGUUUUUUGUUCUUUGUUCUUUCUUUUUCCUUUUUUGGUCUGUUUUUAAACUAAUCUAACCACUGUGUUUUGACUUCAUCAGAUGACCAGACUGCCCAUAAUAUUUACACUAUGAUGCCACUGACAAACUCACCAAAGAGUUAACUUUUAUGUUUUUCAGCAUACGUGUUCACAAUUCAAGCAGUUUAAUUUUAUUUGUACACAAUACAUAUUUUCCCCUGCAGCUCGGUUUUCUUUAUUUUCAAGCUACAAAAAAGCCAAUUCUAGGCACUCUGAUAUCAUGCAGAGAUAUGAACCUGAACAAUCCAACUUUUAAACCCCAUAUUUCUUUUUGAUCUUGAAAUCUUUCACUUAAAAUUUGUUAACCAUUGAUCUGCAUACUGUUCUUAUUCAAAAAAACGUUUUAUAUUUUAUUUAUUCUUUCACAUUGCUGCUAUUAUACAGGGUGACUCAUCUACAAUUGUAUGUAGAAAAUUCUAAAUGAUCCAUUAUUGAAUGAUGUGAAUAUUUAUUUGAUUGAAUAUGAUCGAUUCUCUUUGACGUCAUCUAAACAUCAGGUUAUUACAUUUAAACAUCAUCAUUUAUUUCUGGCCCAGAUGCAAAAAAAAAAAAAAAAGAGCGAAUUAAAGACUUAUUUCGUUGUCAAAGGCAUUUUCACUUCUGGGCCAAAAUUGCACAAGUUAUUAAAAAUCUUUUGUUGAUGUCUGGGCCUUGGUCUCAUUUAGGUAUUUUAUGUUUGAUUCAAUCUGCAAAGUCAUAAAUUAAUUUGACAUGUCUUACCAGAUGCUUCUCCAGAACCAGUUUGAAACUUCUGCUACAAAUUUUGUGCCAUCAUAGCAUUUUUGCGUGUGAAAAUACAGGCUAUUCCUUUUUUUAUUUUUUUUAUUUACAUUGGCUAAAUGUUGUAAAUAUUACUUUUCUAAACAACACUUGGUUGCUCAAACAUCCAGGCUGUUGAACAGAGAUAUUGAUACCUCUUGUCAGGGUUUUGAUAUAUUAGCACAGAUUUAAACACCAGCUUUCAAAAAUGCAGUACACCUUACAAACAAUUAUUUUCACUCAACCACACAAUUCAUCCCUGAAUGAAAUCAUGAUUUCAUCUCAUUGUCAUUUUAUCAACUUGCACACCCAGUGUGUAAUCCUACUUGACUGAAAUUGAUGCAAAUACAACAUUGUUUUUACUGAAAUGUGUGGGAUUCCAAAGAGUAAGAUAUUGUCAUUGUUUAAUGUGCAAUCAAUUAGUUGGUUCCCACACUACUGUCUGUGAUUAUAGCAAAUACUGAUUUAACUACAAUAUGUGACCUAUUUAUGUUGACAUUAGAAAGAAAUCAAGUCUGGAACAUUGUCUUGUUGUGAAGAGGAGUGGCGUUGGAAGGGAUUUCAAAAAAGUGGUGUUCUGCAUGAUGUAUCAUAAGCCUAAAUGUUCAUUAUUGAUGCCUUUGAGUGUUGGUGCUUG